AUGCUGGGUAAUGUCUUUCGAAUUGUUAAUGUUGAAUUAAAUGAUACGGGAAAGCUUUUGAUAAUAUCAUUGAAUGCUUGUAAUGAAAAUGAUCAAGAUUAUAGACAAUUAUAUGAACAUGUAGAAAAAGAAAUUGUUGAUGAAAAUCCAACCUAUUGUAAUCUUGCCGAAUUAUUCUAUCGUCUUGGUGAUUAUGAUCGAAGUGAAAGAUAUUUCAAUUUACAUUUGAAAUAUCGUGGUAGACCAGAAGAUAUUGUAUUAUGUCAUGCUGGUUUAAGUAAAGUUGUCAAUCGUAAAAAGUAUAGUGGACUUGAACAAAAACAUCUAACGGAUACAAUGCAAAGUUUACAAAAUCCAACAAAAGCAAUUACAGAGCCAAAAUUAAUUCAAAAAUUAGAAGCAGCACAGAGUCAGUUAUUCGAUAAAAAUAAAAACUGUGAUGUUUAUAUACUAAGAACACAUACAAACAUGGAAAAUAAACGUGACGAUCUAGCUUUAGUUAAUUAUGAAACAGCAGUAGCUAUACAAAAGCGACAAUUACCUAGUGAUCAUCCAGAUAUUGAACGUACAUUAUUUCAAAUGGGACAAUGUUAUGUUGCAUUAAAAAAGUUCGAAGAAGGUUUACAAUUUAUGAAACAAGCAUUAGAAAUACGUGAAAAAUCAUUACCAUCAAAUUAUCGAGAUCUAGCGUUAACUUAUAGUAGCCUUGGUUCGGUUUAUCUAAUUCUGAUAAAGAAUGAUUUAGCAUUGGAACAUGUUAUAAAAGCACGUGAAAGACAUCAUGCAUCUGGCAGACCUGGUCAAAGCGAUCUGUGGAUAAUUGACACAUCAAUCAGACGUAUACAAAUAUACUGA